UGCACGAGGCUGGUUUCUGAUGACCUUCUUGGUACUUAAUAGGAAGAAAGACUGCCGGACAAUCGUGCUACAUUAACAAAAUUACGGUUGUAGAACGUUUUCGGACUUCCCGUGCGCAGUUUUAUACAAGCAAGGCUGAAACGAAGACGUUCUCAUCUGCGGCGGUUAAAGCGGACUUACGACGGAAAGUACAUAUACCUAACAAAAAAGCAAAUUUAAAACACCAACGAAAGAAUACAUACGAAACAAACAUCAUAUCGUUAUGAGAAUUAUUAAUAAAAUUCGAUGUUUCGUUUAAAAAAAUGACUUGCUGUUUACACAUGUGAGCAAUCGCCAGCGGACGAUAUUGGAAACCCUAUGAAAUGUUUAAUCCUUGUAAUAAAGUAUCUGAGUCCAACUGCGAUCAGACUAAAACGAUUUAACCGUUAAAUUGAUCACCAUGUUCCCAUCAUUAGACAAACGCAAUUUUAAAUAUAUUAUUUGACGAUCAAUCAAGAACCCAUAUUGAGAUUCCCGGCAGCAAGUUGGCAGGACGAUCCGUCACCAAUGCAGUGGGGUUACGUUAAAUAGAACUACGCUCCUAAAUUUUCAAUGGAAACUCUAAAAUCAUGUCUUUGACAUCUCUUACUGGGGAAACAUGAUUUAAGCUGAAUGAAUUAUGCAUAAUGGUAUAAAACCAGGCUUUAAAAACAGAAAUUGUCCAAGAGAUUUUAAAACCAAAAUGAUCGAUUUAGAUUUUACUGUGACACUUUGAUCGAAUUUUCACGGAGAGGAAUAGUGUGUAUUUGACAACAGGAUUGAAUACCACUUUCAACGAGUGUCUGCCUUCCGUCGUUAGAUUACGUUUAAGCAAAGGACAAGACUUGUUGGUUAAAAACAAAAUAAAUAUGAAGUGCCGAAGAAUUCACAAAAAGUUGAUAAUGCCUAUUGGAUUAUUUAUAGCUUUAUCUUUAGCGCUCAAUAUUGUUCCACAGAAUCGAAUCCUACAAAAAAACGUGAUAAUCUUUCGUUUUCCACAUUUGAACUCAACGUUUUCUCCGAACCAGUCCACAACAGUUUUAACUCGGAGCAGUGAACCAGUCCACAUAUGGCAACUACAUCCGUUCGAUGAUAGAAUAUUAAUGCAGGCCGAAUUCCGACCAAAUGUGGACUUCGAUAGUUUGCCUCCUAAACGAAUACUACUAGCGGCGGGUCUGGAUGGUUGGGGAGUAAAUGAGGGGAACAAGGCAUUCGUCGAACACCAGUGUCCUGUGCAAAACUGCCAUCUCCAUGAAUACCCGCCGUAUAAGAAAAUUAUCGACGCGCGGAUAUUUAAAGAAAUGGAAAUAUACGAAGACAUGUCCAAGGAUGCUCAGUCAAUCGUUCCGCGACAUCCAGAUCAAAUCUGGAUCAUGUUUGGGCUGGAGAGUCCGGAGGCUAGUCCGAACUACGCAAAUGUUCAUGACGUCAUCAACUGGACCGCCACCUACCGGUACGAUUCCACAAUGGUGACACCAUACGACAAGUUUCAAACUUACACAAAUUUUACGAAACUUUCUGACUAUAAACCAAUUAAAAACUUUGCCGCCUCCAAAAUAAAGAUGGCUGCUAUUUUUAUGUCCAAUUGCUACGCAGCUAACAACAGACUGGAUGUUGUGAAAGAACUUCAAAAAUUUAUAGACAUAGAUUUUUAUGGACAUUGUGGGACAUUAACGUGUGAGCGAGGAAAGGAAAAUAUAUGCUUUAAAAAACUCAGAGACGAGUACAAGUUCUAUUUGUCGUUUGAAAAUGCAAACUGUCGGGACUAUAUCACCGAAAAACUGUUCUUAAAUGCAUUACGGAACGACGUUGUUCCGGUCGUAAUGGGUGCGCACCCCGAUGACUACCGAAGGGUGGCGCCACCGGGCUCUUACAUUCACGUGGAGGACUUCCGGUCAGUAGAGGAGCUCGCUAAUUACCUAAAAUUCCUCGACAAAAACGACGACGAGUACAACAAGUACUUCCGCUGGAAGCAGACUGGUUCGUUUGUUGAUACAAAAUUCUGGUGCCGGAUUUGUUCGUUACUAUGGGACCCUAAAAAGCCUCGAAUGUCGGUGCCUGAUUUGGACAAAUGGUGGCAUGGGAAAGGCGUCUGCAUCGGCAGACGACGCUGGGACGACGUAGGACAGCAGAACUUGACUUCAAGCGUUGAUCCUGCUGUCUAUUACAGAGCUUGAAACUAUUUUAAUAAAAUAAUUUACAUGCAUACACAUUAAACUUCAACUCGUAGUAUCGUCCCCGUGAAAAGACUGGAUGGAAUAGUGUAUAGGAAAAAUACUUAAAAGCAUGUGUAUGCAUUUUCAAUUUCAUAGUAAUUGGUUAUUUUUAUAUUGUUGACAACGCAUAACUGACAUAGCCUCCUUUGUGAUAUGGCCGGCUUCCUUGUUAAGAUGACUAAAAAAAUGAAAAUAUACUCACAAGGUUGUGAAAAUGUGUGUAUGUGCAGUUAAAAAACGAAUCUUCCCUUGAGUAUUACAUUUGUCGGAAUUUGGACUUAUAUUGCAAACUUUUUAAGUAAGAUCUUAUUCUACAUUUUACACGCCUGUGUUACAUGUUUCACUCUCUUAAAUCAGUUCAAUUAUCUGUAUAAUGUUGAAAGCGAACCUAUC